CAGUCACCGUCAGCCGUCGUCAUCACCGUCGCGGAAUCAGACGGGUGAACGGACGGCGAUAUCAGCGAGCGAGCAACGACCUGCCAGGCGGAGCGGCGUCGGCGAGCAUGGACGACGCGAACGCCGUCGAAGUCGCCGGAGUUCCGACCUCGACUCUCAAUCGCAUCGAUCUCUCGGGUUCUGAUAUCCAGCAGUCGGUGUCUCUGCUCAAACAGGCGUGCUUGGAUUCUGGCUUUUUCUACGUGAUCAACCACAUAAUCGGCCAGGAUUUAAUGGAGGAGGUCUUCGUCCAGAGCAGGUGGUUUUUCGGCUUGCCCUUGAGCGAGAAGAUGAAGCUGUUGAGGAACGAGAAGCACAGAGGCCGCACUCCUCUGUUGGAUGAGGUCCUCGAUGCUGGGAAUCAGAUUCAGGGAGAUUAUAAGGAGGGAUACUACAUAGGAGCGGAAGUACCAGAGGAUGAUCCUGAUGCACAGAAGCCUCAUUUUGGACCAAACCUCUGGCCUUCUGAGGAGAUAUUGCCAAGAUGGAGGCAGACAAUGGAGAAAUUUCAUAGUUAGGCAUUAUGAGUUUUUGCUAUGGAUGAUAAAGAGCCACGGGCAUUAAAUUUUGUUGUGAGUUGCAAGAUGUGAAAGAUUAUUCCAUCUGAGUAAAAGAUAAUACGGAGAUGUUCUGUUUCUCUGACUGGAAAUUUGGGCCUUUUCCAGUGUCCUAAUGGUGAUCAUCUUCCCCUUCCCGUUGCAUCAAAUUUUGCUAAGUUCCCUUAAUGCCCGAGGGGGUUAAAUUGCCCCUGACUGCCAAAUUGCUUAAGCUCUCUUGGGCUCUCAUUCUAUGUUGGCCAAAGUGUAAAUCUCUUCAAGU